CUCAGCCGCGCCGUGGCUGCGAAUGAGUAAUGAUGCUGGUUAGAAGUUUUAGUCCAACAACCCAGAACAAAUUGAUGCGGACUUGAUAUACCUCCUAUCGGUGCCUACAUUCAUUCGAUCUGAUCUAGUCCGAUCUUCCACAACAGUUCGAUUUCAUGCACGCCGAUGCGCCCGCGAGACAACUUGCUAAAGUUGGAAUCCCAAUGAUGGUGACACCCGUUCCGAACAAUCGUCGACAUCCUCUGUAUUCUCGUUGAGUCUGCAUUAAUUGCCAGGUCAUCGUUUGAAUCCCGUCAACCAUGGCAACACCGACCCUAGAGGACAUCGCCACUUGGCCAGAGCCGAACUAUGACAAUCCGCGCGAUGUGCUCGAUCCCGUCGUAUGGGGCGUUGGUAUCACUCUGAUGAUCCUGGCCACGAUAUUCAUCUCAUGUCGGUUCUAUUCGCGGUUCGUGGUAGUUCGCAAUGCUCUAGGAUUGGAUGAUUGGACUAUGCUUCUGGCAUAUAUAUUCGCAAUGGGAAUAGCAAUAGUACAUAUAAUGGAGUUGAAAGCGGGCUACGGACGCCACCUCUACGACGUCAAAUUGGAAUGGCUCCCAUUAAUAGCCAAAUGGGGAAUUGUCACGCAAGUUGUGUUCGGUCCAGCGGCAGCGUUGACGAAGAUUUCCAUCUGCUUGACGUAUCUUCGCAUAUUCCCAUCGCGCACAAAUUCACAGUUCAACUAUAUCUGUAUCGUUGUUGUGGCCGCAUGGGGAGUUAUCUGCUCUCUAACAUCGUUGUUCCAAUGUUGGCCUAUGUCAGACACCUGGAAUCUUUUCAGGCCUAUUAGACAUUGUAUCAAUUUGGAAGUAUUUAUUAUUACAACGACGAGUAUGAAUUCCUUUACGGACUGUCUGGUCUUCCUCUGGCCUGUUUACUACCUCUGGAACAUUAAAAUGAGCCUUAACAAACGGGUUUGGCUGAUAAUAUCUUUCAGCUUAGGCGUCAUCGUCUGUAUCGGAAGUGUCGUUCGAGUAGUAUAUAUGGUCAAAUACUUUCGCUCCUGGGACGUCGCGUACAAUUCCACUAUUGUGUACGUCAUCUCCGACGUCGAAAUCUGCCUCGGGAUCAUCUGCGGCUGUCUCCCCGGCAUCCGCCCGGUUAUACGCAAACUUUUCCCAACCCUAAUAGGCUCCAGCGACCACCCCAGCACUGCACCCUCUGGUCGUCGACACACUGAUCUCGGCUACAGUGGUCCUCUCUCGUCACAACAGAGCCGUAACGCCGGAUACCGCGAUAUCCAUGUAACACUCGAUGUAGAAAUGAAGGCAUCGCCCGCGCCGACAAAGACCAGAACGUUGAGGAAUAUUAGCGACGACGAGAGUCAGGAGUGGAUUUUUAAGACCGAUAUCCAGAAUGAAGUCCGGACUGACAUCCGUGGGCCUAGCAGUCAAUCGUCUUGAGCUGCGGGGUUAUUGUAAAAAUCAUUGGAAGGCGUUUGGGACUCGACUUCAGCGUCACCUUUCUGCAGGAAGCCGUCGUGCAUGGUUGCGGUGGACUCGAUGCGCGCCGGAAUCGUGGCGCUCU